CCGCUAUAUAAUCGUGUGCAAUGGCAGAUCUGAGCGGCGCGUCUGGGCCAUGGCGAGGGGCGGCGGGCAGGGGCGGCUGUUGCUGCUGCUGCUCCUCGGACUAUGCGAGGCGAGCGUGGGGCGCGCCGCGGUGUCCGAGCCCCCGGCGGCCGCCGCCUCCGCGCAGGUGAGCGGCCCCGACGCCGCGUGCGGGCGCGGGUGCGGCGCGCGCUGCCCCGCGGAGCCGCCGCGCUGCGCCCCGGGCGUGCCGGCCGUGCUGGACGGCUGCGCCUGCUGCCUCGUGUGCGCCCGGCAGCGCGGGCAGGGCUGCUCCGCCGCGCUGCCCUGCGACGAGAGCGCCGGCCUCUACUGCCACCGCGGCGGCGUCUGCAUGGUGCUGGAGGGAGACAACUGCGUGUUUGAUGGGAUGAUAUAUCGCAAUGGGGAAACAUUCCAGCCCAGCUGCAAGUACCAGUGCACCUGCCGAGAUGGACAGAUUGGCUGCCUGCCCCGCUGCAACCUGGACCUGCUGCUCCCUGGGCCCGACUGCCCAUUCCCCAGGAAAGUUGAAGUCCCUGGAGAGUGCUGUGAGAAGUGGAUCUGUGACCCUGAAGAUGAAGGGAUUUUGGGAGGUUUUGCUAUGGCUGCCUACAGACAAGAGGCCACUCUUGGGAUUGAUGUGUCGGAUUCAAGUGCCAAUUGUAUUGAGCAGACAACAGAAUGGAGUGCUUGUUCCAAAAGCUGUGGAAUGGGCUUUUCCACACGUGUUACCAACAGAAAUCAGCAGUGUGAGAUGGUGAGGCAGACACGGCUUUGCCUGAUAAGACCCUGUGAAAAUGAAGAGCCAUCCGAUAAGAAAGGGAAGAAAUGUAUCCGAACAAAGAAGUCUGUGAAAGCUGUUCGCUUUGAAUACAAGAAUUGCACUAGUGUCCAGACCUACAAACCUCGUUACUGUGGCCUCUGCAGUGAUGGGCGAUGUUGUACCCCACACAACACCAAAACGAUUCAAGUUGAAUUCCGCUGUCCUCACAGCAAAGUCCUAAAAAAGCCAAUGAUGUUGAUCAAUACCUGUGUCUGUCAUAAUAACUGUCCUCAGAGUAAUAAUGCUUUCUUCCAGCCAUUAGAUCCAACGUCUAGUGAAGCAAAAAUAUGAAAAGUAUAAAUUGGGUAGCGUGAAAGUUAUAGUUUGUAUGAAACUUGACCCACAAUCAGGUGAAUGUAACAAUUGCCUGUGUAAAAUAUCUGAGGUUUUUUUUCAAAACAAUCUUGGCGCUUUCUUUUUUCCUAUAGUUUAUUAAAUACCUCAUUUUACAUUCCCCCCUGCAGAUGUUUUAUGCACUUGAAGGAAAUUUUGUGCCUUGGACAGAGCCAUCUUUUUUUCUUGAUGGUGGCAUAAAGGUUACAAACCAAAGAGCUAGUCUUUCUCUUUCAGUUAAGGGGAUUAGGCCAAGAGUUUCAGUUGCUGUGAGGCUGGACUCUUAAAGAGUAAUGGGAUUCCUUGGGGAAUGCAUGACCAUAUCACAUAAACUUCCAUUUUUUUAACUUCAUUUUGCAUAAGGCCUAUAAACACUUAACCGGUAUUCUUUUUCCAUUUUAAUUAAACACUGUUUCUGAUGACAGUAAAAAUGUUACCGAUUAAAGUGUUGCAUUCAUAUGUCUCAUGAAAUACCUUCUAUCUGUAUAUCCGUCUUUCUCUGAGGAUUAGGGUGCACAUAGCCCUGGAAAUGGCAUAGCUAAGAUCUCAUAUCCUGAAGCGUAGCAGAUUGAUAGCUGACGGCAAUGAAAUUUCUUUUUUGGUAACAUCACUAGCAGUUUAAUUCAGAACCCUCUGAAGUCAGCCUCUUAGGAGAACUUGGCUCUCACCAGUGUCUGUCUGUAGAUAUUACUGUUUGGAUGCAAACCUAAAUUUAUGUAAUUCCUCUAAAAUACUAACUGUAUGAUAUGGUGCUUUAUUUCUUAGAAAGAUGUAUAUGUGAAUAGAAACUGUAUAUAUUGUACUAUAACUUUACUAAGUAAAUA